ACAACAGGUGGCAUGCGGGCGAGUUGGGAAGCGUAUACACUCACUACUCGAGCAAUACUUGAGCACUCGCCGCCCCGAAACUGAAGACCACAGUCCAACCUGCUCGCUCAGUGUAUAGCAAGCAAGCUCCCAGAGUAUCGUUAUUGUUGCAAGGCCGAGACGAUGCCUAUCGAGAUUCAGACUGUUGUCGAGGCCGAUCUGCGGCGAUGUGCCGAGAUUGAGCAUUUGGCGUUCGCCGAGAGCUCAUCCAACAAGUUGCUAUUCCCCGGCCCUUUGCCUGAGGAUUUCCUGGGCCUUCAAGCCAGUGAUCUGGCCAAAAAACUACGAGAGGAUCCAAGCGUGCGCAUGUUCAAGGCAGUGGACACUGCGCUCUCGGGCGACGAAGCGAUCAUUGCGUGGAGCAAAUUCAAUGUGUAUCCUGACGGCAUGCCGGUGCCAAAACCACGCGUCUGGGGCCCGGGCAGCAACGAGGAGGCGUGCAAUCAGCUGUUUGGCGGCAUGGACAGGAUGCGCGAGCGUUUGAUGGCAGACAAGCCGUCCGUCUACCUCCACAUCCUGGUGACGGACCCAAAGCACCAGCGGCGCGGGGCGGGAUUGCAGCUGCUGACGCCCGUGAUGCAAGAAGCUGUUCGGCUGGGCGUGCCCGUGUAUCUGGAGUCAUCGGAGCCCGGGCAUCCUCUGUACACCAAGGCUGGGUUCAAGGAUAUCGAAGAGCAUCGGGUCGACUUUAGCAAGUUUGGCGCAUCGAAGCCUCACCUGUCGUGGGCCAUGAUCUGGGAGCUGCCAAACCGACGAUGCCCUUAAGCAGGGUUGGCGGGCCAUCUGCCGCUGUCGUGCAUCGUGUGCAUGGUGCGUAUCCUCUGCAUAUUCUGCAUUGUAUGCGUCGAAGAAAGAAUGUCCCCAGCUCGGAGAAUGGGUGCCCGAUGGUCAUCUGAUAAUGGGUCACUUCGACCGGCGUUGAGGCCCGAACGGCGACUUUUGAUAGGACAUGUUGGACGGAAAAGUCAUAUGCCGCCACAAUUGAUUAGAGGAAACACAUUCUGUUUGUUGUUGGGCCAGCUGCAUCACCCCGUU